AUGCCUUUCUGGCUCCAUACGCAACAUCCCGAUACCAACACUCUUGAAGCAUUCCCCUGCCACUACGACGUCGCCACCGAACUCAUCCGCAACCUACCGGAACAUGACCUGCAGACCAAGGAAAAAGAAAAAGAAAUAGAGAUAGCCAUACAACGAGAUGGGGAGACACAUUUCAUCGAAGCGAUACGCAAACAGAUUGAUACUGUAAACCAGGAAAAGAUUAAGAAUACGCUAGCUGUGCUUUCGGAGAUCGCUGUGCGUGCGGCUGCUUUCCUCCAAAAGUGUGACUUCACGGUUACGAAGGAAACUGCCCACGAAUUUUCCAUGGAUGCAAUCAUGUACACCCGUUCGAUCGUAUCAGAGCCUUUCAGCAUGGUUCCACUGGCUGAGAGGUGCGAUUUGGCGCGCCUCGAUGUAAUGGUGUUGGCACGUUCACUGUUGCACCAAGCAUUUGCCAUUGCGAAGACGACUCCGGUGCGGCAGGAACUAGCCUGGCGUCUCCAUCACUGGAUGGCGCAUCGCGUGAAGGAUGCUUUCAGGCUUGAAGUCCGUGGCCACUUCCGCUACUUCGAGAUUGGAAACGCAGUGACCGAAGUCAUGCACAGUCCAUUCCGAUGGCAAGGUUUCUUCGCUGCGAAUCCGACGCCGCUUGCUAAUUUUCUUCCUCACGGUUGGGAAGACCAGGAUGGGCACCGUUUCUCCUAUGGCGAACUGACUAUUCCGCUGCUCGAGGAGGAGGAGCAUGUGCCUUGGUUCAUGGAGGACGUGGAUAGGGAGCCGGAUAGUCCGCGACGAAGUGCGCGUAUCUGCUCUUCACCGCCUAUCAUUUACGACGACGAGGAGAUGGACGAAGAGAUGGACGAAGAGUUGGACGAGGAGUUGGACGAGGAGUUGGACGAAGAAGUCGAAGAAGAGGUGUACGUGGUGGACGAAGAAGUGAACGAGUGGGUGGACAAACGGGUGAACGAGUGGGUGAACGAGUGGGUGAACGAGCAGGUAGACGAGGAGAUGGACGAAGCGAUGGACUAG